GCAGUGUGAUAUGUAUUUUAGCUAAUACGAUAAUUAAUAACUAUAGACAUCGCAAAAUAUAUGGUACCAUACUCUGAUGAUUAAUAAAAUCUGAUAGUUUUAGGUGCUUUGAAAAUUAAAGAGUAAAACCAGUGAACUGUCUACCGUAUUAUAUUUCAUCAUUGUGCACCAUUUAGCUUCCUCAAUGUAUGGAGUUAAUAGAAACAACACUACCGAUCUAAGCAACUAUACGUUUUCACCAGUGACGUUCAAUGAAGAGUGGCCCAAAGUCUGGCGGCUCGUUAUCAUGGUUACAAUGGCUACAUUGGGAACCACUCUCAAUGGAUUCUUCGUGGCUUCGUUCUUCGUGGAGCGCCCGCUUCGUCGAGCUGGUUUGGUUUAUCUUGCGUGUAUUGGAUUGACUGACAUGAUAAUUACCGGUGUAAUUUUGCCUGUAUCGUCAGUGGUUCUUCUGUCGGGAGACUGGGAUAACGUGCGUGUUUGCAAUGUCGUACAAUGUCUUGGAAUGUCAGCAGUUUACUGCUACUCUCUGUUCUUCAUGUUUACCGCUAUUGAAGAAUAUUUGCGAGUAUGUUGCUCCAAACAAGUUUACGGAAUCGUUACUCGUUGCAACGUUGCUAUCACCACCAUUACAGUUUUCAUAUUGAGCUUUACGUUGGGUUCUGUUGGUGUCUAUUUGGAUCUUGAUUAUGACUAUUGCGAACGACUACAUUACGGAAAUAUCUAUUACAGAGCAGUUUCCGUUGUUAUGCUUCACCUAAUACCCUGCCUUUUUACUUUCUAUUACCUGUUUGCGGCACAUCUUAGCGUUUGUCGACGGGCUGCAACACAACCAAGCUACAGGCGGUCUCAUGCCUACAGCCGCGACAAAUCAAUCACUGUACUCAAUCUUACAACAUACGCUACGUUUUUCCUUGCCUGGGUCCCGUAUGUAAUUAUUUCUUUUAACUUGGGCGCAGCAAGUGACGAUACAUAUUACAAUAGCAUUUGGUUCGGUCAUGGACGCGCUGUUCUUGCAACCUCCAUGUACUCUAUCAUGGAUCGGGGCUUUAGACGUGCUUUUGCUCAUCUUUUUAACUACUGUUGCUGCAAGAGUAGCCUAUCAGGUCAACUGGCACCUCGUCACCGCAGAGAAUACUGCACAAGAGUACGUCUAUUGCAACCUAACAUGUUUAUGGCUCGAAGUGCUCAGAUACGUCUCGCAGGUCGAGCAAGAGCGGUAUCCCUCAUUCGUGAAACUCAACAUCUGUAAACAGAUUCCCAACGAUUAUAAGAAAGCACUCGGAAACUGGAAUGUUAAAUGGAAAGAUAUUUAAACUAAUAUAUGAGUUAUCGCAGAAAGAAAACAUAAAAAAAAAUAUGGAUGUUUAGAUUAAGUAUUGAUCGUAUUAAGCCCUACACUUUUGUCAGUACCUUUGUUUCAUUUUAAACCAGUUGUUGUAUUUAUAUUCUUCAAAAAUAUUUUUAUUUCAACAAAUAAUAAUAUAAUAUAUUUUUGAAUAGAGAUUGACUCCAACCACAAUUGUGGUUAUGAAAGAACCAAAAUAUUUUUGAAUGAAUUGCUUUAAAUGAACUUUGUAAUAAUUUUGUCUUACUGGUGCUAGGCCCUAACUUCAAAGAAGGAUGUGGGAAGUUUAUUAGUGUAAUGUGCUGUGAUAAUAUAAGGGUAACAAGAGAUUUUGAUUCGCACCGACUAUAAAAAAUCUUUCAAAUUAUAUCCAUUCCACAAUUAAUUAUUAUAAACUCUCAGUAAGAAUACAAAAAUAUUGAUGAUUUAAAAAAUAUAUAUUAAUUUAUCACCUGAAUUCAUUAGAGCAAAAUGUAUACAAGGCAAUAUUGAAUUUUCAAUGAUAAGCUUGGGAACAAUAAUUAAGGACGUGUAUCAUCUGCGGUUUGAAUCAAUUUAAUGCGAUCAAAUAUAAUAUUUAAAAAACUGUUUAUCUAUUCACAUAAAUAUAAUAUGAUUAUAUACGAAAGGUAAAGAGAUAUACAAGAGAUUGUGGUUUAGAUUAUAUAACUAUUAAGUUUUUCUUAAAACAAAAUACAUAUAUGUUUAUUGAGUAUUUAUAUUUUAUGUCAAUAAUAUAAUCUUACGAGUUACUCUCAGCAUUUGAUCUAUAUGCAAUGUGCUAUUUUUCUUUUCGCUCAUUAUUUUGUUAUUUUUUUUCAAGUAAUUAGUUUUUGUAAUUUGAAGACUGAUAUAUUUUUAUGCCUGUUUACUUGCUUUUUAUAAAUAUAUUUUGUCAAUUAUUGACACAGCUUUUGCUUAUCGAUCAAAUUAUUUAGUAGUAGGGGUAAUAUUUGUAAGAGUUCACUGUUCAAAGUUAAUAUAUCAAUGUUCACCAAGUGUAAUCGUAUGAAUAGUCACCUGUUUAUCGAGUACCAACUCACAUCUUAUUAUAGCUCAUAUUAGACUUUAAAAAGUGUAAUUCAAACUGUAUUAAUUUUGUCAAAUCUCAAAUUCAUCUAUUAACUAAUCGAGA